AUGCAAAUUAGAACGCAUCUGUGAACAUGUAUGUAAUACUGUACAUAUAUGCCUGUGAACACCACUAUAAACAUUUCAGGCAUAAUGACGCGCCACUAGUCGCCAUUUUUGAAUUAUAAUUGUUUACAAUAUAUUUGGCGUUACUAUUUGGGAUACAAUACAGUAAUAAAACUACGAAAUUGUGAAUCUAUUAGUUAGAUUUUUCUUCUUGUGAUAAAUGAAUACAUUAAAUACAAAGAAAUAUUUAAUUACUGUAAUCGUGCAGUAUUUAAUAUUACUUUUUGACGUUUUCGUUAAUUCGUUUGCUGGUUUUUCUCGACAGAAUCCGACUAAUUUAUUGAUCCUUUAUGUGAUUCAAGACCUAUGUCUUGUUAUGACCCUCACAGUUCUCCUAGUGAAUUUUUUUUCCACGUACAUUUUUCAGGUUGGACUAAUACAAUUAUUAUACACAAAAUUUCGUAUCACAUUAAUUUUGUGUAUUAUAUAUAUGAUAUUAAGCAUUAGUCUUCACACAUGGCAUAUUAAAAUGAAUUGGUCAUCAUCAUUCAAAUAUUAUUGGACUAAAGAUUUUCAUAUGCUUUACUCGUUGCACAGAGGAGUUGCAGUUUUGUAUUACUAUUUCUAUAAGAGAGCAUCUCUUAGAAUCGCAGAUCCAAGAUUCUAUGAAAGUUCUACAUGGAUGCAGAAUCAGUUCAGUCUUACAUGAUUGACUUUUAUAAUUAAUGUAAUAUUCAUAGC